UUUAUAGGGGCUUUUUUCACCAAGUUUUUUUAGUGGGAGACCUAAAACUACAGAGGAGAAGAGAUGGUACUGGACUGGAAAAGGACCUUGAGUCAUGUUUGAGCCCUGCCCACAGGGCUAUGGCUGCGGUAAUUAAUGAUACAUGAUACAAUGAUACAUCGAGUAAAUUAUGAAAGAAUGUUCUUUUUUGGGUGAAGUAUUUCCCUUAUACAGUCUUAGUGUCAGUUUUCAGUGAUGUUGAAUGAUCAUUAACAUCUUUUAAAUCUCCUUUAUCGAUAGUGUUUUACUUAAAUUUCACAUUUGAGCAAAUUAUAAAUUGUAGUAUUUAGUAGACAGAAAUUACACAAUCCUAUGGAAACGGAAGUGCAAUGCAUAUGCUUACAUAGUAUUUUUAAAUAAAUUUAGAUUUGAUCUUCCAGAAACUCAUUAGCAUCUGAUUGGAUGUGAUGGCACUUUAUUUGAAUGUAACAUGGGGUCAAAUUUGAAUGUGACUGUAAACUGUGUAGACCGCAGUCUAUUGCAUGCUGUUUGUGUAUGAAAGAAACCUCCAGGAUGGAUGAACAAUUUGACCAUGUUCACAGGUCAGGAAGCUUGUGUGGCAGGUCACUAUGUUCUCUAAGCCUUGCUAUAUUUAGCCAAGUCGUUGGGUGCUCUUUAGUUCAGAGUGCUUCUGUAGGCAGCAUAGACAACAAAGUAAAAACAAAUAGCUUUUUAUUUUAUUCAUUUUUUCAAUCAGGAUGUGGGAUCAGGGAUACUGUUUGCUCUUUAUGUGUCCUCAAGGAUACAGUCAAGGUUAAGUUUGCUCCUGCAUGACAGGUGCAGCAACUUUAUUUAGAACUGCAGUUCACAGUUGCAAAACCAGUUAUUCUUCUGCAUAGCCUUCCUCUAUUAUCAGCUGUAUUUUUCUGCUGCUGACUCAAAAUAGACAUCGUCUUGCUCAGUAUUCUUUUACCAAGAGAAUUGUUGACUAAGGCUGCUGUAUUAUAUCUCUUGAGAGUAAUUAUGCUUACAUUUUCAUAGUACUAGCCUUUUAAGCAUGUAAUUUUUAACAGCAAAGCAUUUCCACAAGAUACAUUGGCAGACACCCAGAUCCUUUAAAGUGAUUCAACUCACCUUUUGGAGCUUAAUGGCACCAUCCAUAAUGUUCCUCUCAGAGGAGUGUCCAAACAGAAAUCCUGUCAUUUAUUUCAGACCAUUCUUUGAGCCAAUAGGGGGUAGUUUAGGUGGAUUCGCAAGGGGCAGGAUGCUGCCUUUAGUUUUUAAGUGAAAAAUAUUGGUAGAGAGAUGUUUUUCCAUCUGCAAGCCCCUGUCUGCUUUUACAGACGAGUCUUUACAGCUAGGUAAGUUCCCUAGAUUUGGUUGUUCUGAACAUCAGCUGCAUGCAAACUAGGCCUGUUGUUUUCACUGACACUUGAGGCUAAUGUAUUUUGUCAGAGUUAGCUUGCCUCUAUAAGAGGCUUUAACGCUUGGUUAAUCAAACAGAACUGUGGAUUCCCAGAUAAACAGACCUGGGUUGAGAGAAAAUCCUCUGAAGUGUAAGGUGUGAAAAAGUCAAAAUAAAUCAACUGUAAUGGCACUGUAAUGAAGUCCACACAGGUAUCGUCUGGGUCUUAUCAAAUGGGUUGUUGGCCAGGUGAUCAGUUCACCUAGUUUUUCUGCUGUUUGCUUGCCCAUGUAGCUGAGAAAUCUGCCUGUGUGUUUAAUAUCAAGUUACACAACAAACAGGGGAACUACUAAUUUGCAGCAAACAUAUGACCUAUUUAACAAUAAUUGGUUUUAACAGAAUAGAACAAUGCUGUUGGAGCUCUUAAAUGAUUUAUAAAAAUGAAUUAAAGGAUGCUUCGAUCACACUCUAGCUGUCUUAUCUUUGAUCAGUAAAAGCCAUAACACUGAUAAUCGGUUUCGCCUGUUAGCUGUUAAUGGGUGGAGGGACAGAGUUCAUUUCCUUGCAAGGUCAUUCUAAAGUUUUCAAUCAAAGCUUUUUUUGUUUGCAUAAUUGAUCAUUUAAGUAAAGCCAAAAAAAUUCCUGAAAUGCUCUUCUAUUUUUUAAACUUUGGUUCACUUUUCUUUCACAAUUGAUACUGUGGUGGAGUGUGCCGUUCUUUAUCAGUGAUUUGUACAAAUGCCCUGCAUUAUCUCAGAACUUUGAUGGCUAUGUCAUGGUACAGAGGUCCAAGCAGUUACCGGCUCCUGAGACUGAUGUAGUCAUUCAGAUAGUUCAAAGUGGCAUGUCUUUCAAGAUGGACUGCAUUGAAAGUGAACUGCCAAUAACGCAAGAUCGUUUGGAGGUGUCUGGCCCCGCGGUAUCUCCCAAUGCUCUGUCGUAUAGUUCAGAUGGUGGUCAGUAUGGUGUGGAUUCAGUGGAUGGCACCCCGGACCCUCAGCGCACGAAACAGGCCAUUGCCCAACUGCAGCAGAAAAUCCUCAAACUCACAGAGCAGAUCAAAAUAGAACAAACUGCAAGGGACGACAAUGUAGCCGAGUACCUGAAGCUGGCCAACAAUGCAGACAAACUGCAGAGCGCACGCAUAAAGCAGGUGUUUGAGAAGAAGAACCAGAAGUCUGCACAGACCAUCCAGCAGCUCCAGAGGAAGCUGGAACAUUACCACCGUAAGCUUAGAGAAGUGGAGCACAAUGGAAUACCACGCCAGCCCAAAGAUGUCCUGCGAGACAUGCACCAGGGUUUGAAGGAUGUGGGUGCCAAGGCGUACUUGAGCCUUACUGAUGGUGCUGUGGGGGUGCUUGCGGCAAAACAGGUGACUGGUGGCCUCUCCAGUUUCUCUCAGGCUACCCACUCCGCCGCAGGAGCAGUUGUGUCCAAACCCCGCGAGUUUGCCUCUCUUAUUCGCAACAAGUUUGGAAGUGCAGACAAUAUCUCUGCCCUAAAAGACUCUUUGGAGGAACAACAAGGGGAUGAACCUGUACCAAGUGCAGGGACAGCUUGCACCAGGACCCCAGUACCUGGGCAGCUCCAGUCAAGCCCAAAAUUCGGCAGUGAGGACGAUUGCUCCAGCGCUACGUCAGGGUCAGUAGGUGCAAAUAGCACCACUGGGGCUCCGGGAGGGCCUCCAAGUUCAAAGGGUAACACACUGGAGCACGGCCAGAGCUCUGUCUUCGAUGCUCUGCUGCAUGAGAUCCAGGAACUGAAGGACAACCAGAAUCGACUUGAAGAAUCCUUUGAAAACCUAAAGAGUCACUACCAGAGGGAUUAUACGGAUAUCAUGCAGGCUCUGCAGGAGGAGAGAUACAGGUGUGAGCAUUUAGAAGAGCAGUUAAAUGACCUAACAGAGCUGCAUCAAAAUGAAAUUCUCAACCUGAAGCAGGAGCUGGCCAGCAUGGAGGAGAAAAUCGCAUACCAGUCUUAUGAACGAGCCAGAGACAUACAGGAGGCGCUGGAGGCUUGUCAAACGCGCAUUUCUAAGAUGGAGCUUCAACAGCAGCAGCAACAGGUGGUUCAGUUAGAGGGUUUGGAAAAUGCUACAGCACGCACUUUACUCGGCAAACUCAUCAAUGUGCUGCUGGCUGUCAUGGCUGUUCUUCUAGUGUUUGUCUCGACAGUCGCAAACUGUGUGGUUCCAUUGAUGAAAACACGUAGCCGUAUGCUUUCCACAGUUCUCCUUUUCAUAAUCUUGGCUUUUCUCUGGCGGAAUUGGGAAACCAUGUCGCAGUAUGCAGACCGAUUUCUGCUGCACCACAGAUGACCUGCAGGGUGGUUGUUUAAUGAAGGGACUGGAGGGUUGGAACUUUAAGAAGACUAACACUGCCUCAGUUGCACUUGGGACAGAGGGACAUUGCACAAGAGUGGUGGACAUGGAUAAAUCCCACAACCUCUUUUUUUUUCACCGAAGGAGUGAAUUUGUUUACAUUUUUGAAGACCUUUUUCCCGUCAACAUGAAUUGAGUUGCUGAGUUUCCCGUUAUUUGUUGUGGGAAAUGAUGCAUGUUGUGUUGUUCAUUGUUCUUGUAAUUAUUGUUAGGAUAUACAUUUAUGCAAUUUACUGAGUGUGGUGUUGCAUUGAAAUGAGUGGUUUUAACAUGGACUGGAUGGAGAUUUUUCUCCUCAUUUUUAAUACCAUAGUUACUGCUCUUUUACCUUCUAAUCUGUUCCUUUUAUUUCUCUCUCUCUUUGCUAUGGUCUUCUCCCUUUUAACUCUCCUAUAAAUUUCCUGUACUCAUCACUUCCUUUUUCCACUCACAACCGUUUGCUGCUGUAUGGACUUCACUGCUGUUGUCACUGAAUGAAGGAAAAAAUGGAUUCUGUUGGAGAGGAGGUGUCUUGAGUGUGAUUUGAAUGGGCUUUUAAGACUAGGCCAAAGAACCAGAACAUACUGAUCCCGAGCAGGCCCAGACUGCCCCUUCUUCAUCACUGGCCUGGCCCCAUGCCCCCUCUGGCCUGCCCUAGUAGAGGCACAGUCCCCUGAUAUAUGAACUAAACAAACAUACUUGAAGAGCAAGAAAUGCUCAAAGACUCUCAGUGCUUCCGUACUCUUUCUUAUAGCGACAAUGAAAUAGUCCUUUUUAGUUUUAUUUUUUAUUUUUUAAAAUAAAAAGAAUAAACAUACUGUUUUAAAAAUGCUAAGCUUUGUCUCAUGAUAUUUGUGUAAAUUGAUAUUUUUGCUUCUGUAUUGUCAUACACAUACUAGAAGUAAUUGCUGGAUGCCUGUGCUCUGAGUGAAAAAAAUGUGUGCCUGAUGUUAAAGGAAUAUUCGGGUUCAAUACAUGUUAAGCUAAAUCGACAGCAUUUGUUACGAUUACGUCAAAAAACGUUUUUUUUUUUUUAGGUAAUCAUAAUAAUGUUGAUUACCUCAAAAAAUCAAUUUGACCCUCCUUUUCAUUAAAAAUAGCAAAAUUUGAGGUUACAGGGAGGCAUUUACUAUGGAAGUGAAUGGUGUCAAGUUUUGGAGGGUUUAAAUGCAGAAUUAUGAAUUUUAGAAUUUUAUAAAAGCACUAGCUUUAAUUAUUUUGUUAACUAUUUUUUUACAGUCAUCUUAGGAUUUAAGAGUCAGUUGACAUUACAAAGUUGUAAAAUUUGCUGUAACUUCACACAGAAAAGGUUAGUAAUUGAUUCUAUCACAAUAUAUUGUAUACAUCAUCUGGCUAUAAUUUUGAAAACAUGAAUAUUUUAACAUUUACGGAUUGAUCCCAAUGACUUCCAAUGGAAGUGCCUUGCUGUGACCUGGAUUUUUUAUAAAGAAAAGGAGGGGCAAGUCAAAAUUAAAUUUUUGUGGUAAUCAAUAUUAUGCCACUAAUAUUGAUUACAAUUAUUUUAUUUUUAAUUAAAUCUCAACAUGCAUUGUCUAGCUGUAGGUUUUUAUUUUUUACAAAUUAUUUUGUUAUCUUGGGGGUUUUAGACAGCAUUUUUUAUUAAACUAGUUGAAUGUGGUCUUGUAUAUUCCUUUACCCCCAACAGGGGACAUCAAAUAGCUUAUUAUGGGUUGGAUGCAUCAGUAGCUGGGAUAAGAAUAUACCCAACACUUUAUUAAUAUGAGGCGCCACCUGUUGGACUGGAUGUUUCAUAAUCAUCCAGCAGAAUUCUUUAUAGUUUAUACAGUAUUUUACGUGCAUUUAAUAAUUUAUUUUAAUCAGAGCUUAUUGAG